ACCACCACCCUAACCUCCGGCUCCGCCUACGUGACCAACAAAUGCGGCUUCACCGUUUACCUCUGGUCCGUCUCCAGCGUCGUCGGCUCCCUCCAAACCAUCCCCAACGGCGCCACCUACUCUGAGCGAUUCCGCUACGACCCCCUCACCGGCAUCGCCAUCAAGAUCGGUACCAAUGACCGCGCCCUCUACACGGGGGCCCCCUUGCUGCACUUCAACUACGCGCUGAAUCCCUCCGAGGGAUCGAUUUACUACGAUCUCAGCACCGUGUUUGGAUUUGAUUAUGGCUUCAGGGGCCGCAAGUUUACGCUUAAAGGGACCGAGGGGAAGAAUGUGCCCAGUAUUGAGUGGAGCGGUGGUGCGCCGAGUGGGACAAGGGCGUACUUUGGGGAUACGGACCUUACGCUUACGCUUUGC